ACACAAUUUUCCAGAAAAAUCAGUUUUUUUUCACCAAAUGCUUCAGUAAAGAUGAUGCUUCUUGAAAAUGCAACAUUCCUUUCUCAUUUCAGAAUUGAGGCGAGUGAGGCUUUUGGUCUCAUCCAAUCAUUCCACAUCAUCACAGUCCCGCAGGAACACACCAGAAGCACACACACACACACACACACACACACACACACACACACACGCCACAAUCAGGCACACACUGAGGGACUCCCAUCCAAGGUCUGCAGGGAAGGCCUGGGGAAAACGUAUCUAUCAGAACCGUGCCACCUAAAUGUUUAGAGUCAAUUACAGACACGUUCACAGACCCAUUACCUCGCAGGCCAACACAACAUUCUUAGUCCAGUACAGUCUGACACACAAUCCAGUCAAAAUCUCUCUCACAAACCACAUUCCGGUCCUCGAAGUAGCACUUCACAAACACAAACCAGCCACACCCAAUGAGAAAGUCGUACCCAGAACCACUCCAAAGAUAGACACACAGUGCCAUCGAGUAGGCGGUAGGGAGAGUCACAUUUAUACAUAUCCCCCCUUUAAUACGCCGGUUGUUGGUGCCCGCCGCGCUCCAGGACCCGCCGGGACUUUCUUGGGACAAAGAGCCGGGAACGCCGCCCGCUCAGGAGCCCGCCUAGAUCUCCGCCUCACGCGGCGAGCGGGCGGGGUGGAAGCUCCGCUCCCCUAGGCUGGCGGCGCCGGCGCACUCAGUGCCUACAGAGCGAGCUCCCAGCAGCCUCCGCGCGCGGCCCGUUAAGCCCCGGGGGCUGUGUACUUGCAGGUUCCGUCCCAUCCUCGCUUACACUGAGCAUCACCGUGAGGCAGGUGCGACACCCAAGCUCUGGCCUCUGUGAACCCUCCAGGCAAGUAAACUCCAAGGAAGACUGACCAGUUCUUGAGUUUCUAAACCAUGGCCCAUAGAUCACUGAUGUUCAGUGAUGUGUCCAUAGUCUUCUCUCAGGAGGAGUGGGAAUACCUGGACCUGGAACAGAGGGACUUGUACAGAGAUGUAAUGUUGGAGAAUUACAGCAACUUGGUCUCACUGGGAUGCUUCAUUUCUAAGCCAGAUGUGAUUUCCUUGUUGGAGCAAGGAAAAGAGCCCUGGAAAGUUGUGAGGAAAGGAAGGAGACGAUAUGCAGAUUUAGAGACCAGGUAUGAGACCAAGAAGUUAUCCUCAGAAAAUGACAUUUAUGAAAUAAACUUACCUCAGUGGAAGAUAAUGGAAAGAAUUAAAAAUCAUGGCCUUAAGGGCCUAAUUUUAAAAAGUGACUGGGAGUCUAAAAGAAAAUUUGAAGGACAGGAGGAAUAUUUCAGUCAAGUGAAAAUUACAUCUCAAAAAGUGUCCUCUUAUCAAAAACGUACAUCUCUAACUCCACAUCAGAGAAUUCAUUUUGUGGAGAAACCCUAUGAAUGCAAAGAAUGUGGAAAGGCCUUUAGAGUACGCCAACAGCUUACUUUUCAUCACAGAAUUCAUACUGGUGAAAAACCCUAUGAAUGUAAGGAGUGUGGAAUGGCCUUUAGACAGACUGCACACCUUACUCGACAUCAGAGACUUCAUUCUGGUGAAAAACUCUAUGAAUGUAAAGAAUGUGGAGAAUCUUUUAUAUGUGGCCCAGACCUUAGAGUACAUCAGAAAAUUCAUAUUGGCGAAAAGCCCUAUGAAUGUAAAGAAUGCGGGAAAGCCUUCAGAGUGCGAGGACAACUUACUCUCCAUCAGAGGAUUCAUACUGGUGAGAAACCCUAUGUAUGUACAGAAUGUGGAAAGGCCUUUAGACAGUAUGCACAUCUCACUCGACAUCAGAAGCUUAAUAUUGCUGACAAACUCUAUGAAUGUAAAGAAUGUGGGAAGGCCUUUUUGUGUGGCUCUGGCCUUAGAGUACAUCACAAACUUCAUACUGGUGAGAAACCCUAUGAAUGUAAGGAAUGUGGGAAAGCUUUCAGAGUGAGACAGCAACUAACACUGCACCAGAGAAUUCAUACUGGUGAGAAACCCUAUGAAUGUAAGGAAUGUGGAAAGACCUUCAGUCGUGGUUAUCAUCUUAUUCUUCAUCACAGAAUUCAUACUGGUGAGAAACCUUAUGAAUGUAAGGAAUGUUGGAAGGCCUUUAGUCGUUACUCACAACUUAUUUCACACCAAAGUAUCCAUAUUGGUGUUAAACCUUAUGACUGCAAGGAAUGUGGGAAGGCUUUUAGAUUGCUCUCACAACUUACACAACAUCAGAGUAUUCAUAUUGGUGAGAAACCCUAUAAAUGUAAGGAAUGUGGGAAGGCCUUUAGAUUGCGCCAAAAACUUACUUUACAUCAGAGCAUUCAUACUGGUGAAAAACCCUUUGAGUGUAAGGAAUGUAGGAAGGCCUUUAGACUUAAUUCAUCCCUUAUUCAGCAUCUGAGAAUUCAUUCUGGUGAGAAACCUUAUGAAUGUAAGGAAUGUAAGAAGGCCUUUAGACAACAUUCACACCUUACCCAUCAUCUAAAAAUUCAUAAUGGAGGGAGGUUGUAUGAAUGUAAGGAAUGUAGGAAGACCUUUAUUCGCCGCUCAACACUUAGUCAACACCUGAGAAUUCAUACUGGUGAGAAACCUUAUAAAUGUAAGGAAUGCGGGCAGGCAUUUAGACAGCGUGCACACCUUAUCCGACAUCACAAACUUCAUACUGGUGAGAAGCCCUAUGAAUGUAAGGAAUGUGGGAAGGCCUUUACAGUGCUCCAAGAACUUACUCAACAUCAGAGGCUUCACACUGGUGAAAAGCCCUAUGAAUGUAAGGAGUGUGGAAAAGCCUUCAGAGUGCAUCAGCAACUUGCUCGACAUCAGAGAAUUCACACUGGUGAGAAACCCUAUGAAUGUAAGGCAUGUGGGAAGACCUUUAGGCAGUGUACACAUCUUACUCGACAUCAGAGACUUCAUACUGCUGAGAAGCUCUAUGAGUGUAAGGAAUGUGGGAAAGCCUUUGUAUGUGGUCCAGACCUUAGAGUACAUCAGAAAAUUCAUUUUGGUGAGAAACCUUAUGAAUGUAAGGAAUGUGGAAAGGCUUUUAGAAUAUGCCAACAACUUACUGUCCAUCAGAGUAUUCAUACUGGUGAGAAACCCUAUGAAUGUAAGGAAUGUGGAAAGACUUUUAGACUAAGGCAGCAACUUGUUCGCCAUCAGAGAAUCCAUACUCGUGAGAAACCCUAUGAAUGUAUGGAAUGCUGGAAGACCUUUAGUAGUUACUCACAACUUAUUUCACAUCAGAGCAUUCAUAUUGGUGAGAGACCGUAUGAAUGUGAAGAGUGUGGGAAGGCCUUUAGAUUGCUCUCACAACUUACCCAACAUCAGAGUAUUCAUACCGGUGAGAAACCCUAUGAAUGUAAGGAAUGUAGAAAACCUUUUAGACUGCUCUCACAACUUACUCAGCAUCAGAGUAUUCAUACGGGUGAGAAACCUUAUGAAUGUAAGGAAUGUGGUAAGGCUUUUAGACUUUAUUCAUUCCUUACUCAACACCAGAGAAUUAUACUGGGGAGAAACCCUACAAAUGUAAGGAAUGUAAGAAGGCCUUUAGACAACAUUCACACCUUACUCAACAUCAGAAAAUUCAUAAUGGAGUUUAAAACAAGAAGGCCUUCAAUUGUAUAUUAUGUAACAAUAUCAGAAAAUUCAUUUUUGAGAAAUUUGUUUCAUGCUUCAACUAAGUGUAAGAAAUUUUAUAUUAUUGGGGGAAAAAUGUUGCUUUAAAAGCCUUCCAUCACCUUUCAGAUGUUUAUCUUUGGCAAAUUCAUUUGAGGGAAUAAUACAAUGAAUGUAGGAAAAACUUUAGCCUUAUCUGUCAUUAUCCCAUUUCACCACUUUAUUACCAGUGUGUUAUUGGACAAGGUACUUAAACUUCUGUGCCUCAUUUUGCUCACUUGUAAAAUGGUGAUAAUAGUACCUAUGUAUAUUAGUUAUUUAUUGCUGUAUAAUAAAUUACCACAAACCUA